AUGGGAAACCCUCCCCAAGACGACGGCCCGGCAUGGCUUUCAAUGGAGCCUGAUCUUGUCUGGCAAGCUGACGCCGACGCCAUCAAAGCGCAGUCCCGGGAGGCGAAGAAGGAGGCCACCGCUCUCCGCGAGAAGCGGCAUAAUUGCUUCGUGGAGAAGUUGGUCAACAACCGCGCCUGGGCUCGCGGACUGAGCAAGGACGAGGUUGACGAGUCCAACCAGCGCUUCCGUUCCUGGGUUGAUGGCAGUGGUGCCGUAGAUGGCCCUGCGGCCGCUGAAUCCGAGGGAGCUUUGGCCCCUGUAGAGAACGAGGAUGUGGAGAUGGGGGAGGUUGAGAAAACCGGUUAG